AAACAAUUUGCCUUCUCUUCUGACUUCUCUAUUCUUUAGGGUUUUUCAAACUGCAAAUUACUGCUACUGAGCGAAACUCUGCAAGUAUUGUCUCUUCUUCUCCAAAUGAAUUUGGGUGUUCCAAGAUACCCUCAAAGUUGUGAUCGAGUUUAACUCAUUCCCGGGUUCUGAAAUUUUGCAGGGAGAUAUCUAUUAUUCUCAUAGAACUAGAGAUCAAAUCAAAUCACAAAGAGAAAGAUGUUCUUCCACAUAGUAUUAGAGCGAAACAUGCAACUACACCCACGGCACUUUGGUCGGAAUCUUCGCGAGCACCUCGUCACCAAACUCAUGAAAGAUGUUGAGGGCACAUGUAGUGGUCGACAUGGAUUUGUGGUGGCUAUAACGGGUGUAGACAGCAUUGGCAAAGGGCUUAUUCGGGAUGGGACUGGAUUUGUGACGUUUCCAGUGAAGUAUCAGUGUGUGGUCUUCAGACCCUUUAAAGGGGAAAUUUUAGAAGCUGUUGUGACUAUGGUAAACAAGAUGGGAUUUUUUGCUGAAGCUGGACCUGUUCAAAUUUUUGUUUCGAAUCAUUUGAUACCUGAUGAUAUGGAGUUCCAGUCUGGAGAUAUGCCAAAUUAUACAACCUCCGAUGGAUCGGUAAGCUUCAGUUUUUACCUCUCAUAGGAAACUUAUGUUAAUUUUGUGGUAUUAUAAGAGUAAGGUUGAAAUGAUCUCUUGGAGUUCUUGUAGGUUAAGAUUCAAAAGGACAGUGAAGUGCGGUUAAAGAUAAUUGGGACUCGAGUAGAUGCUACGGAAAUUUUCUGCAUUGGCACCAUAAAGGACGAUUUCUUGGGAGUGAUUAAUGAUCCUACAACGCUUUAGCGAAGCUGUGGCUAAUUUUUUAUUUUGGCAUGGGAGUUACUGCUUUCUUUGCAGUCUCUUAUGUUUCUUGCUGUGUAAUUUCUAUAGGCAUUAAUUAUCCUUAGAAACAAUUUCAUUAUGAUCUGUUGUUAAGAAGCUUUUGCUUGUGGACUCAUAAACAUUGUUGUUACAUUAAUACCUAUUCAAAUGAUGCUCUCUUCAGUCAAAUUUUCCUUUCCUUUUCUAUCUA